AACAGGCAAUUACACGGCAACAAACUGUAACUGAAACAGAGGGAAGAAGAGAGAAAAAUUGAAGAAGGGGAGCACAGAGGAAGAACUCAAGGAAACAAACCCACUUGUGAAGCGGCUCUGCCCUGCGAGAGUGAGAGAUGAAUUGGGCAAAGCGUUUGCAUUUGUUUGCCAAGACUUACAAAACUGAAUCUUGGAUAAAAAAUACCAUUGCUUCUCACCGAUUUGGACAUACUAGUAAUGUUACCUCCGAUCCCCACUUGAGUAGAAAGUUUCUAGCGCAGCUCUGGGUUGCUGAUAGGGAAAUGGAAAAGUUUUCUAAAAGAAAAACAACCCAGAAAAAGAUUGUUAAGAGCAAGGCGGCUGCUGCUGCUGUAUAUGAUUCACACCCGGUUGGAAAAUGGUUUUCUGAUGCAACUGUUACAGAGAACCCCCCUCCCAGUCAAUCUCUUUCUGGGUUUUUAGAGCCAGGAUUUCCUGAGGAGGCACGGGUAGCACCUCUUCUGGCUAGGUCCAAUUUGCUUAUUACCAGGGAUAUAGAGUGGGCAAAUCUUGUACUUGGUUUUGAGCAGGAGAACCGUUAUGCAAUAGUAGACGUGUGCUACCCGAAGUCACCUGUAGGUUUUAUACGUGAGCAAAGUAAUGUAAUUGCCAGACAGCUCCUUCGCCUAAGGCGCCCUUUUGUUGCUUACAUAACUGAUUCUAUGGGUAAUGAGCUGUUUAGGGUCCGGAGGCCUUUCUGGUGGUUAACAAGCUCAAUUUAUGCAGAGAUUGAUGGUAAGGAAAUCGGUGUUGUUCACAGACGAUGGCACUUGUGGAGAAGGAUAUAUGAUUUGUACUUGGGAAAUAAGCAGUUUGCGGUAGUUGAAAAUCCUGGUUUAUGGAACUGGACCUUUACCCUCAAGGACAUUAAUGGGGAAGUGCUGGCUCAAAUAGAUCGUGAUUGGAGGGGUUUCGGAUUCGAGAUCUUUACUGAUGCUGGUCAGUACGUGAUAAGAUUCGGGAGUUCAGAUCCCAACUCGAAAAUUGGCCCUGCUAGAACGAUUCAAGAGUUGGAAGUAACCCGUCCACUGACUCUGGCAGAGAGAGCUGUAGCUGUUGCUCUUGCUAUUUCAUUGGAUAAUGAUUACUUUUCAAGACAUGGUGGCUUUGGACUUCCUUUUGUUGAAGUUGGCGAGUAGAUUCGAGCGUGUUAUAAUUACUGAAACGUUAUGGUUGGUUUCCAAUUUAUGUAGCAUGAGGGUUCGUUGACUAAGACCAAGGAACUUGGAAGCUCCUUCAAGGAUUUCUAGCAGAGAUCUCCGCUCUUGUUCCCUGUCAUUUCAGCGUGUUUAUGAUUGGAACUACCCAUAAUAGUGAGUGAUCUCUGUAGCCUGUGAGAAUGUAUUUGACUGUUAAGACCUCUAAUCUGAUGGAGGACAGUUUUGGGGGUAUAUUUUCAUGCGGUUUCCCCGCACUGUCUCUCUCUCUCUUUUGAAUUUCUCUUCUUUUCAAAUGAUGGAUACUCUUGUCCAUGCAUCUUGCUGUUGAUGCUUAACAAAUUAGGAGCCUGUCUCCCUCUCUUUUUAAUAACACCACCCAUCAUUCUUUCAGUGAA